AAGAUCAUAUUGUACUGUUGUGUGAGCGGGUGCGCACAUAAGUGCUAUGCUCAUGAGAGAAAUCUGGUGGGAGCAGAAAACAGACUGUCUCAGCAGCGAAAGCAGUUUCAAUCAGUAAACAUGUCUACCAUAAUGAAGCACACCGGUCACCCAUCAGCAGAGGAACAGUUACGGCAAAGAGCAGACGUCAUUAGACUGCAGCUCACACAGGGAGUGAGCAAACCCUUUAAGAAGAUAAUUGACAUCUGUUCUGGUGACAUCCACUCAGUAGGAAUGAAGCCACUUACGUUUGUCAGACAAGUAGUCCUGGCAGGGUGCUUGUGUCCUAAUCUGUUGGCCAGUGACGCACUUCCUCAUGAUGCACGACAGAGGGCCCAAAAGUUGUUGGAAAACUGUGAUGGGGGGAGUGUAGGUGCAUAUGCAGAAUCAAGUGGAAUGGCUUAUGUGCAGCGCACUGUGGCAAAGUUCAUUUCUACACGAGACGAUGUGCCUUCCAAUACAGCACACAUCUUCAUCACUUCCGGCUCCAUAAGAGCUAUAACAGUAGUUCUGAAGCUGCUGGCCCAAGGUGGGGCUGUAUCCCAGACUGGAGUCCUGAUCCCUGUGCCCUUUCCCUAUACCCUGCCUCGUGUGCUGGAGAGUGUGGGGUCAGUGCCUUUGCCUUACUUGCUGAGAGAGGAGGCAGAGUGGAGGAUAGAGAUGGAAGUGCUUCACAGAGCACUACUGUCCUAUAAAGGCCACUACUGGCCACGAGCUAUUUACAUUAGUAACCCUGGCAACCCUACAGGCCAUGUCCAGAGCAGAGAAUCCAUUCAAGAAGUGAUACAGUUUGCUGCACAGGAGAAUCUGUUUUUAUUGGUUGAUGAGGUAUACCAGGACACUGUUUUUGGGGUGGGCUGUGAGUUUGUAUCUUAUAAGAAGGUCCUAGCUGAGAUGGGUCCCCCUUACUCUCACACUGUGCAACUAGCCUCAGUCCACUCCCUCUCCAAUGGCAUUAUGGGAGAGUGUGGUUUAAGAGCAGGCUACAUGGAGCUGGUCAAUGUUGAUGAAAGUGUGAUGUUAUUUGCUGAAGCUUUGCUCUGUGGGGACAUAAGCACUGCUAUUACUGGUCAGAUUGCCCUCAAAGUCAUGGCUGACCCACCCAAGCCUGGAGAUCCCUCACACUGUUUAUACAAACAGGAAGUGGAAUACAGGCAAAACACACUGAAGCAUAACAUGUACAGAACUGCUGAGUUUUUUAACACUUUGCCAGGAUUCCACUGUCCUCCAGUACAAAGCGGAGUUUUUAUCUACCCACGCUUAACAUUCUCUCCCAAAGCACUGACCCAUGCACAGGGGCUUGGUUUGGAGGCAGGACUGUGGUACUGUGGGAGGUUGUUGGAGGAGGAGGGUGUGCGUGUUGGGGUAAGCGAGUGUGUGGAUGAAGCAGGGUCUCACAAGAGCAGCUGGCAUCUAAGGCUGUGUGUGCUGAUGCCACCUGAUGCUCUGGAAGAGGUUCUGUACUGUCUGCAAGCCUUUCACUGCCGUAUUCUCAAAGAAUUCUAAAAAGAGAACUCUGAAAAGGGUUGGAAACAGCAAAAAGUAUAAACUCACUCCAUUAUUUGUAGCUUUUUGACAGCACCGUUAACUGCACACAUACUGCACCUACUAUAUUACCUUUGUUUGUCCUUAAAAUAAAUGCAGUUUUAAAUUAUAUUCUGUGAACAGCAGAGAGCAGCAGUGGCAAGGCUGAGACGCCAGCACACACAAUCACUGAAGCCAAGCUUAGCAAGCAUAACCUCAGGGUAUAGAAAUUGCACUUUGAUUUAGAACCAACUUUCCCCACUUAUGUGUUUUUAUGCCCCACAAACUAUUUUAUGAAUUCAAUAUCCAU